AUGUCGGCUUCAGAAAUACCAAACUUACUAAGCUCACUCCGAUCUGCUCGCGGCGGACGUGGUAGAGGUAGAGGUCGAGGCGGACAUCACGGCCCCUCUUCCAUCACCCACGAUGCGACUAUUCAGGGCACCGAUACAGACGCUUCAGUAUCAAGGCUGAGCGCUGUUGACCUUGGGUACCUCGAUGACCCGUAUGCUCAGUUCUUUGUGCAGAGCGCCGAUGGUCCUCCUGCGAGACGUCUCCCAAUCAUCAACCGAGGAACAUAUACUCGAACAAUUUCUCUCGACACAUUGGUGGAUUCUUUUCUCAACGGUGAUGAAUCAGGUUCUUUGCCAAAGCAGAUCGUGUCACUAGGUGCUGGCACUGAUACUCGUCCUUUUCGGCUGUUUGCAUCAAAGUCGCGGCCUGGUCUGGUCUAUCAUGAGAUUGACUUUGAAGUUGUUGCGUCGAGAAAGCUACGGACUGUACAGGCUACACCACCACUGAGAAACAUUCUCACAAACAUCUCCAACGACACCAAAAGUACCUGGUCAAGUCGACCGGCGUCAGGAGGAGAGUAUUAUUGUCAUGGCCAAGACUUGCGAAACCUUGCCCCGCGAAAAGUCCCGAACCCAGACGAGGAGUCUUCUUCACAACCAAAGGAGCAGCCUGGAGUCACUCUACCAGGCUUACGCAGCAAUAUCCCGACCCUUCUCAUUUCAGAAUGCUGCCUCUGCUACCUCAACGUCACAGAAGCAAGCAACGUCAUAUCAUUCUUUUCCUCCCAAAUCCCCAGCCUUGCUACCAUCAUCUAUGAGCCCACGCAUCCAGAUGACGCCUUUGGGAGGAUGAUGGUAUCCAACCUCGCUGCUCGGCGCAUUCAGAUGCCGACGCUGGAUAAGUACCCCACGCCUGAGGCUCAACGGACGAGGAUGACAGAGGCUGGUUUCGAGACGGUGCAUCACAUGACGAUUGAGAAGAUCUGGGAGACGUGGGUUUCACCGGAGGAGAAGCAAAGGGUUGACUACUUGGAAGGGUUGGACGAAGUGGAGGAGUGGAAGCUGCUGGCUGCUCAUUAUAUCGUUGUGUGGGCUUCCAAGGGGAACGGGUUUGGGUCAUGGGAGAGUGUUGGCGGAGGGGCUUAG